UUUGACACAGAGUCUCUCUCUCUCUCUCUCUCUCUCUCUCUCUCUCUCUCUCUCUCUCUCUCUCUCUCUCUCUCUGCUUGUCUUCUACAAACCAUGUGGCUCUACCUAGUAUCACUGGUGGGACUGUGGACACUCCUGCGCUUCUUCAGGGAGAGGCAGGUGGUGAGCCACCUCCAAGACAAGUAUGUCUUCAUCACGGGCUGUGACUCUGGCUUUGGGAACCUGCUGGCCAGACAGCUGGACAGGAGAGGCAUGAGGGUGCUGGCUGCAUGUCUGACGGAGAAGGGAGCCGAGGAGCUGAGGAACAAGACAUCUGACAGGCUGGAGACAGUGAUCCUGGAUGUCACCAAGACAGAGAGUAUUGUGGCAGCCACUCAGUGGGUGAAGGAGCGUGUUGGGAACAGAGGACUCUGGGGCCUGGUCAACAACGCUGGCAUCUCCGUCCCCUUGGGUCUCAGUCAGUGGAUGAACAAACAGAACUUUGCAAGUGUACUGGAUGUGAACCUGUUGGGCAUGAUCGAGGUGACUCUGACCAUGCUGCCCUUAGUGAGGAAGGCGAGGGGCCGUGUAGUCAACGUCUCCAGCAUCAUGGGUCGAGUGUCACUUCAUGGUAAUGGUGGUUACUGCAUCUCCAAGUAUGGUGUAGAGGCCUUCUCAGACUCCCUCAGGAGGGAACUCUCCUACUUUGGGGUGAAGGUGGCUAUUAUAGAGCCUGGCUUCUUCCUGACUGGUAUGGCCAGUAGUGCCCGAUUAUCCUCAAAUACCCAGAUGCUGUGGGACCAGACCAGCUCAGAAAUCAGGGAGAUCUAUGGCGAGAAGUACCUGGCAUUCUAUCUGAAAAGUCUAAAUGAAUUGGACAAGAGGUGCAACAAGGACCUGUCUUUGGUGACUGACUGCAUGGAGCACGCUCUGACUGCCUGUCACCCUCGCACCCGAUACUCAGCUGGCUGGGAUGCUAAGCUCUUCUUCAUCCCCUUGAGCUACCUGCCCACCUUUCUUGUGGAUGCUGUUUUCUACUGGACUUCCAUGAAGCCUGAGAAAGCCCUCUGAAGUUUUUACCUAUGUGCAUACCUGGGAGAUGUAGGUAGAGUGUGAGAGAGAGAAUAUUUAGGGGAAAUUAGGAGGGUUGAGGGAGGGAGUUUAUUACUCUGGGGUUCUUCAUUCACACAUUUCAUCUCAUUAAUUCUCCUAUGAUACUACUCAAGACGGAUGAUGAGCAAAGAAAUACGCAAAGAAUUCUGCCAAGGGAUUCAGUUACAAAAGUGCUAGCUGAUGCCCAAGCCCUGAUCAUCAUGGCCUUCCUUGAGGAUCCACACAUAUGAGGAGGUUGGGACCAGCGAGUGCCAAGCACUGCCAUGUGUCCUCCUCUGAAGGAAAUGCACAUGCCAGGGCUAAUUUAAACACCUAUGCAUCAUGGAAGUGUCCCUUCUCUGAAACCAUAAGUAACCAUGGUGUGGGAUCUGAGAGGAGUGACCACCUGAAUCAUUACUCAUGCCCUGGAGUCAGGUUGGCAAGGCCCUGGGUAGGAGGUUCAGUCCCUUGGGGUUAAAAUCCAGCAAAUGAUGGAGACACCAUUUUUUUUUAAUUCAUGGCUUCUUUUUGGACUCUUUUUCUUUUUAGAGCAAAGUAUGACAUUAUUUCCUAUAUCCUGAGAUUUAAACUUGGCUUUGGAGGUUAGUGAGGUUUGGAAGACAGAGGUAUUGGGAAUGUCCUGAGAAGGGUUUCUACAGGACAGCAGGAUUCUUCUUGCUUUGUCUCAGCCCUUCCAGCAACUGAAGUAGGAACAACAACUUUCCAUUCAAAACUUAACAACAACAAAUAGUGCAGAAGUCUCUGCAUGCAAGCCCAUGAACAGAAUUUACCUGUAGAACUCAGCUUUUACCACUCCC